AUGCCUUUUAUCACCCCACUACUCAUAUGCCUUCCAUUUCUUAUCCUCCUGCUUUUUCUUUCACUCAAAAAAAAUAAGCAACAACAUCAAAGGCACCUUCCGCCGGGCCCUCCCAAGCUUCCCUUCAUAGGCAACUUGCACCAAAUUGGCUCCUCCACUCACCAAUCUCUCUGGAAACUCUCCAGAACUUAUGGACCGGUCAUGCUCCUCCAUCUCGGUCGCGUACCAACUCUCAUAAUCUCAUCAGCUGAGGCAGCCAAAGAGGCCUUAAAAACCAAUGACCUCCUCUGUUGUACCAGACCCACCACGGCCGGCUCCCGCAGGCUCACAUACAACUAUCUAGACGUGGCAUUUGCGCCCUAUGGCGAGUACUGGAGAGAGAUUAGAAAAAUAUGCGUGCUUGAGCUCCUCAGCGUGAAGAGGGUCCAGUCGUAUUGGUCUGUCAGGGAAGAAGAGGUGGCAAAAUUGGUCAAUUCACUCUCUUCUUCCUCAUCUUCUGGUGCUCCAGUUGAUCUCACUGAGAAACUGUUUGUUCUCACUGCCAGUAUAAUUUUCAGGAUUGUGUUUGGGACAAGUUUCCGAGGAAGCAAGUUUGAGCAUGAUACAAAUAUUCCUGAGUUAAUUCAUGACAUUCAGACCAUGCUUGGAGGCUUGUCUGGAGCCGACUACUUUCCGUAUUUUAUCGGGUGGAUUAUGGACAGGGUUUCCGGCGUGCAUAAAGAGUUUGAUAGGAUUUGGAAUGAGUUGGAUGGUUUUUUCCAGCAGGUGAUUGAUGAUCAUCUCAGGGCCGGGAGGGCAGUAGGGGAGCAAGAUCAUGAAGACAUAGUUGAUGUGCUGCUUAAGAUAGUGAGGGAGCAAACUGGGUUAUUUGGAGCUGCUCAACUUGGUCAUAAUAACAUCAAGGCAGUCCUCAUGAAUUUAUUUUUAGGUGGAAUAGAUACCAGUGCAACUACAAUGACGUGGGCGAUGGCAGAGCUAGCUAGGAAACCCAAACUGAUGAAGAAAGCCCAGGAAGAAGUUAGAAGAUGCAUUGGAAACAAAGGAAAAAUCAGCGAAGGAGAUACAGAUGAGCUUGAAUACCUCAAGAUGAUAAUCAAAGAGACCCUCAGAUUGCAUCCCCCAGCUCCAUUGAUUCUGCCAAGAGAAGCCAUGUCCCAUUUUAAAAUCCAAGGGUAUGAUGUUGACCCCAAAACGCUGGUAUUUGUCAAUGACUGGGCAAUUGCACGAGACCCCGAGUCUUGGAAGGACCCAGAAGAAUUCAUCCCUGAAAGGUUUGAUGGCAGCUCUAUUGAUUAUAAGGGGCAGCAUUUCGAAUUUUUGCCAUUUGGAGCUGGUCGAAGGGUUUGUCCUGGGAUGUACAUGGGAACAACAACAAUAGCGUUUGGACUUGCAAAUCUUCUCUACUGGUUUGAUUGGAAGUUGCCUAAUGGAAUGGAGGAGGAAGAUAUCGACAUGGAAGAGACUGGUGGCCUUUCCCUCACCAUCGCUAAGAAAACUGCUCUCCACCUUGUCCCCGUGAAGUUUUCUCAGGAAACAUAUAUAAGCUGA